UUCUGUCUUCGUUGUCCGUGUACUUAAUUUACUACGACGUAUGAUACGACGGUGACGGUUCGUAAAAGUAAACUAUAACUUGUUUUCUGUGAGCUGUGAAUACUAAUUUUGUUAAUGAACUUCAUGAUAAGUGAAAUUGAAGUGUUUGUGCCAGUAUGUCGGAUUAUACCACAAAUUUUCCGCCUCAGACGUAUUCUUCAUCGUUUUAUAUUAACUCACUAGUUGAUGGUGAAAAAAGUUCAAUCUUUGUUAAAACAAAUAAUGCCGAUAGAGAUGGAACCAAAGGCCCUCCGCUAUUGGAUUGUUUUAUAUCAGCGCUUCUGUUUGGAGAUAAGAAAUGUCCUAAAAGCGAUCUUAAAGGAAAGGAAAACUUAGAGAAGAAAAAGACGAGCGAAAAAGAAUUGGAAGCAACUGAAUCUGGACGGGAAAGAUCCACAAGGUCACCAUCACCACAUAAUGCUUUCAAAAGGUGGAAAAUCAGAACUAAUCUUAAAUCUGCAGAAUCAAGAAAUGCUCUGAAUGGAUCGAAAUUUGCCACAAACUCCAAAGACAGAACAGAAGAUGAUAUGUCUCUACUGAAAUUUUUAGCAAUUAAUGCCUUGGACCUCACUGCCCCAGCAAGUGAUGUAUUAUUAAAGAGUCGUUGCUCCAAUUGGUUCCAGUUAAGUGGACAUCCUGACAGUCUUGCACCUGCAGGUCCAGGAACAGUUUGGAAGAAAAGGUCUUUUAAUUCUGAUGACACGGAAAGAAUUGUAUAUGAGGAAGUUAUGAAGGAUCCAAAUUUAUGUGAUAUAAUACCAAAAUAUUACAGAGAAGUCGAAUACCAAGGAGAAAAAUUUAUCGAGUUACAAGACCUACUACAUGGAUUUCAGGAUCCUUAUGUUAUUGAUAUAAAAAUGGGUACUCGAACAUUUUUGGAAUCUGAGGUCCAGAAGAGUAGUGCUCGAACAGAUUUAUAUCAGAAAAUGAUUGCUAUUGAUCCCCAUGCUCCUACUAAAGAAGAACAUAAGAAUAAGGCUGUUACUAAACUUCGUUAUAUGCAGUUUCGUGAAUUACAGUCCUCCUCCUGCUGCCAAGGCUUCAGAAUAGAAGCUAUGAAAUGUAGAGGAUCGCCACCUGUGACAAACUUGAAAAAAGUCAAAUCAUCUGAAGAAGUUUUCUAUACUCUAGACAUGUUUUUAGGAGGUAGAGAAGAUGUAAGGCAAAGACUAUUAACAAGACUAUGUGAAAUUAGGAGCAAGAUAGAACAAUCUGACUAUUUCAAAACAAGAGAAGUAGUUGGAAGUAGUUUAUUUAUAAUAUAUGAUGAUAGCAGAGUUGGUGUUUGGCUUAUUGACUUUGCCAAAACUAAUAAGUUACCUGAAGGUAUGACUGUUAACCACAGGACCCCUUGGAUUCAGGGUAAUCAUGAAGAGGGACUUUUAUAUGGAUUUGAUAGACUUGUUACAAUAAUUGAAAGUAUUAAGAAUCCACCUUCAAAAAAGCAAAAAGACUCAUUCUCCAAGUCCAUUCCAGCAGUUACUGUUAAGUCUUGAAGUUAAUUUGUGCAAUUUAUAUUUUGAAAAUAAACUGGAUUAUGGACGCCCUCCUUGCUUGAAGCAUUUUUUUACUUCUGAAUAAAGAGACUUUCCUGCCGCAGCUUUAUCGAGCACACCUAUUAGGAUAACAUUUAUCAAUUUUGAGUAUACCAUGGUGAUGCCAACGAAGGAGGCAUUUUGUAUUUAUUUUUUAACGAAAAGAGUCAAGAGUAUUAUUAUAAAUAUGUAAUUAAUUUUCUACAUUUAAUUUUG